AUACAUAUAAAAUAAUAUUUACCCACGCACUACAUGCGAAUAGAAAAAGAUAAAAGGAAGCACCCGAUAGAGAGAAAGAGAGCCACACACACAACACAACAGGACCCAAUCCGCGAGAGAAGACGGAGAAGAAGAAGAAGAAGGCGGAUAUAAACUAUAACCAAAUUCAAAAUCCAAUCAAAUUUGUUAGCCACAUUUUUAAUGCACGAGUCGUUGUCGAUGCGCAGUGAAUCAAAGUCGUCGGUGUCGGUGUCGGUUUUGGUGUCGGAGUCGAAAUCGAAAUCGAAGUCGGAGUCCGAAUCGCAGUCGGAAUUCAUCCCAAUUAAUAAGAUCUAGAGCAGACCAUCAAAAUCAAAGUCGUUCAGUCAAAAGCAAAUUUAAUGAACGGGAACGAAGCGCAAAGCAACUGUAAAAUAGCCGCUAAAGUCAAAACAUUGGCGCUGCCAGCCGCACAAAACUCCAUAGACAAUUGAAAUUAGUCGAUCCUCGAUCGCUGAUCACCGCUCUACUAAACCCCAAAUUGCCGCCAGCAUCCAACAUCAAUAUCUCAACAUCAACAACAACAUCAACAAACGUCAACCGUCAACCCAAGAUUCUAGAUACAAUAAACCCCAACAACUUGCAACAAGCUAAGCUAUAAACAACAAAGAGAGGAGUCAAAUAAAAAGAACAGCUGCAAAAUGGCGACCGUUAAUGUGAAUCGCAGUGUGACGGACAUCUUCUAUCGCUACAAGAUGCCACGCCUCCAAGCCAAAGUCGAGGGCAAGGGCAAUGGCAUCAAGACCGUGUUGGUUAACAUGGCCGAAGUGGCACGCGCCAUCGGACGUCCCGCAACGUAUCCGACCAAGUACUUUGGCUGCGAACUGGGCGCCCAGACGCAAUUUGAUCAUAAGAACGAGCGUUUCAUUGUGAAUGGAUCGCAUGAUGUGAACAAGCUGCAGGAUCUGCUGGAUGGCUUCAUACGCAAAUUCGUACUAUGCCCCGAAUGCGAUAAUCCGGAAACGAAUCUGAGCGUCUCGGCCAAGAAUCAAACGAUCUCGCAGUCGUGCAAGGCAUGCGGUUUCCAUGGCCUGCUCAAGGUGAACCACAAGGUCAACACGUACAUUGUGAAGAAUCCACCAUCGUUGAAUCCGGCCGACAAGGCACCCUCACUAACCGAGGGCAAGCGCUCGAAGCGUACGCAGAAGCAAAAGCAUGAGAACUCUGAUGGUUCCAUUUCCAACAACUCCAUGGCUAAUAAUUCGGGCGGCGAAUCCGAUGGCGGCAAUGGCACCAAUCAUGCCAGCCAAACCGAAGCCGAAAUCAGUGCCGCCAUACCGGAGAAGAACAUUAACGAGGAUGACGACGAUGGCGGCUGGAGUGUCGAUGUUUCCAAGGAGGCAAUAAGAGCGCGUUUGCAGGAUUUGACUGAUGGAGCCAAGGGUAUGACCAUUUCGGAUGAUUACGAUAAGACAGAAAAGGAGCGCAUUGACAUCUUUUACGAGCUGGUGAAGAGCAAGCGUGACAAUAAGCAGCUGAAUGAUGUGCCCACGCACAAGGAGCUAAUGAUUGAGGCCGAGCGUCUGGAUAUUGUCAACAAGGCGCCGCUUGUGCUGGCCGAGCUGCUCUUCACCGAGAACAUCAUUAACGAUGUGCGCAAGAAUCGCAUCCUAUUGCUGCGCUUCACCCACAACAAUCCGAAGGGUCAACGCUAUCUGAUUGGUGGCAUCGAGCAGACCGUCGAGCUGCAUGCGAAUUCGCUAAUGAGCAAGGUUGCUGGCAUCUUUAAGAUCUUCUACGAUUUGGACAUACUCGAUGAGAAGGAGAUACUCGAGUGGGCCCAGAAGGUGAGCAAGCGCCAUGUAUCCAAGAAGAUUGCUACCGAAAUACACGAGAAGGUCGAACCGUUUGUCAAAUGGCUCAAAAAUGCCGAGGAGGAGGAUUCCUCAUCCGAAGACGAUGAUGAUGCUGGCGGUGAUUCGGAUGUCGAAAUCGAAUACGAUGAUCGUGCUCGCGUCGAACCGUUGAAGGUGGUCGCAGUCAGCGCUGCCGUUGCUGCUGUUAACAAGAAGAACGCCCACGAUGAUGAGGAUGGCGAUGAGAUCGACAUUGACGAGAUCUAAUUAACAACAGAACAUCGGCAUCAUAGUUUUUUUUUCUUUUCAUUUUGUGGAUAUGGUUAACCAAAAUUAUAAAAGCUAAUGGUUUGAAUAGCAAAAGGCAGUAUCAAGUGACAAGUGGCGAGUAGCGAGUUACAAGCGACGAGCGUAAGCAACAAGUUACAACUAACGAUUAAGAAGCAAUCAGUUACGAGAAGCGAGUGACGAGCAAAGAGUAACGAGUAGCGAAUAGCGAGUAGCAAGUUACAAGCCAAUUACCGAACAACUCAUUUGGCGGGCAAAUCUAACAACAAUUGCCAACACAAACACUUUAAACACUUUGAUGAUGAGACGCAAGAACACACGGCUUUACGACAUUUCGAUUGUAAUCACAUUGCAUUAUCCUAUAUAUAUUAUCCAUUCGUUACAAUAAAACACAAAUCUUAAAUUAAA